GUGACGUGUGUUAUCCGCCGCCUGUUGGUCUUUCACAGUUGGCGACGAGUGUUAUGAAAAUGGCCUCGACCCUACCCGUAAGCACGGAUAACCGGAGAAGAUGACGACGUUGAGCUUUUUAAGUCAGCGGUACACCAAAGUGUCUUCUUUGAAUACGUAGGUACUAGUGAAGUAAGCAAAAACAAAGAAACUGUCGUUAAACGACCGACUAAAAAUACCACAGACCACUGCAUAUUUUCGUAGGGCUGAGGAGCCACUAUGGAGGAUAUCAACUCAAAUAUCAACGCGGACUUGGAGGUGCGGAAGCUGCAGGACUUGGUGAAGAAGCUCGAGCAGCAAAAUGAACAGCUUCGGAGUAGGUCCACGAUGUUGUCCUCGUCCGGAGCGAUGUCAGGGAACCACAGACCCCUCAGCGACGGAUACGACUCGUCGUCUCUGUCAGCGGGGAUGGCAGCCGGUCUGGCCGGCUUCCCUGGGGUGGGGUUCGUCGGAACGGGAGGCUACAGUGGGCUGUUGGAGAAUAACCGCUGCUUGAGCCCCAGACUGUCUUACGACGGCAUCAGCUUCAGGAGGGCGUAUGAAUGUGAGGGAGCAUCGGCUGCCACCUCCGUGUCGACUAUGAACUCACUCUAUUCAGACCCCACCGGGAGCUUCACAGAUGAAGGGGAAACAUCCAUCCUAGAUGAAGUGGAAAUCUUAGAUCUCGAAGACAUGGAUUGUCUAAACGAAGACGAGGACAGCUGGCUAUAUGAGACGAAACUGAAUGCCCCCCUGCAAAAAUCCUUGAGUCCUAUUGUGUGGUGCCGCCAAGCUCUUGACAACCCCAGUCCUGAGAUGGAAUCAGCCAAGCGCUCCCUCAUCCACAGAUUGGACCUCACCAUGUCAGCCAACAAGCGCAGGAGCCUGUAUGGAAGCCCCUACAACCAACAGGGUUAUGGAAGCCCGUACAGCACAAACGCAGCCAACAGCCCUUACAGCAGUGGCUUCAACUCCCCCUCCUCAACCCCCAGCAGAAUGCCUGUUGUCAGACAGCAGCUAAUGGCUGGGAACACAGCACACCAGCGAAACGCAGCAGCAGAGAGGAAUCCUCCGGCGGUUAGUCCCCAGUCGUCUGUUGACAGUGAGCUGAGCACUUCAGAAAUGGACGAGGACUCAGUGGGCUCCUCAACCACCUACAAACUCAAUGAUGUCACUGAUGUUCAAAUAUUGGCACGCAUGCAGGAAGAGAGUUUGAGACAGGACUAUGCUGCAACAGCGUCCAGACGGAGCUCGGGUUCCUCUUGCCACUCGUUGCGGCGCAGCACCUUCAGCGACCAGGAGUUAGAUGCACACAGUCUGGAGGACGAUGAGGAAGCGGUGCACCCAGCCUUCCACCUGCCCUCCAACCGCUUCAGCCCCUCCCCUCGACACUCUCCCCGCGCCUCCCCCAGGAAUUCGCCCCGUUCGCGCUCCCCUGCUCGUUCUAUUGACUACAGCCACAGCCGUGGCUCGCCUCAGCCCAUCAUCAGCCGCCUGCAGCAGCCUCGCCACUCACUGCAGGGCCACGGGCACGACCUGCAGACCAAUGUGGUGAAGAAUGAAGAAAAGCUGCGUCGUAGUCUUCCCAACCUCACACGCUCCUCAGCAGCACCGGCGCAGGCCCCAGAGCCUGUCAAGAACAGCCGCAGCUGCGAGUCCAACCUGCAAGUGCCAAAUGGUGGCUCUCCUCGACACCAGAGCCAGUCUGCUACAGCACCUCAGCUCCCAAGAUACUCGACCCCCUCUCGCUCCUCUCCGAAACCCAAACAGCACCUCCAAAGGCCAACUGCCCUGCGAGUCCCACUCUCCUGUUGCUUUGGAGAAGAAGGUGAUUUCAUCCCCUCUCCCAGUAAACUGCGAACUCCCGCCACCCCGUCCCCACUGGCCUUGAGGCAGCCAGUAAAAGCCACACCCAACCCUGGUUCUGCCAACUCAACCCCCACCCGCUCCCUGGCUCCUCCACGUAGCGGCCUGCCCCGUCCCAGUGUUUCUGCGGGAGGGGGCAUCCCUCUGCCUCGCAGCAAAUUGGCCCAGCCUGUGCGCAGAUCUCUUCCUGCUCCUCGGACCUAUGGCAGCACAGGUGACAACUGGAGAGAAGGUUGUUACUGAGGCGAGCCAGCAGGGGGCUCUCCGGUCAAACUGUCAACACGAGGAGGCAGACAUUACAACAUGGCACUUUAUCUACCUAGAUAAUUUUGACAGUGAAGAGAGAAAGUGAGAGACUAUGUCCCAACAAUAUAUACAAUUCAGAAUUUAAGAAAAAGGAGAGGACAGUGUCCACAUAAUGUCAACGAGGACCUCCCAUUGUGUUUCUCUGUGGGGGACUGGCACUGGAGGGGUCAGGCAUGUAGUGCAAACAGCCCAUAAAAUGCCAAAGAAACCAGACCGACUCCAGCUCCGCCAUCAGACAACACAUCACCUGCCUUGGUUUGACUGCAAUCAUUUGUCAGACAGUCAUAUCACUACAUCGCCCUGCUUUCCUCCCACUCCUCUGCCCUGUUCUUUCACCUCCCUCAGGUUGAAAUGUUUCCACGCAUUUCUCUCUUUAUGCUCUGUGUUUAACAGAUGUGGGUGAAUGAUCUCUAUGAUGAUGCUUUGCAGGUGAACUGUCCCGUAAUGUUAGAGAAUCGUUGAUGUCUUGCAACAGUGAAAGCACCUCUGCGUGGAUAUGACGUUUAAGAAUCUUUCCUCUUGUAAAAUCAGCCAGAAUGUAUGCACAAGUUUGUUUUGGAAAUUAUUUAUUCAAAUUAUUUAAGAAGUGUAUGUCCAAACAUCCAUAUCAGUAUUUUGUUUUAAGAUUUCGAUUGUUUAAAAUGUACAUUUUGAACCUCAACUGCAAGCUAAAUCUCCAAAGCCUUUUUUUUAAUUUUUAAAGUGUCAAACCAGGGCUUAGGAGCAACCCGGGUGAUUAACUAGACCUCGGCCAAAGCCUCAGUUCUGACUUGUACCACACUUUGCCAAGAUUAUAAUUUUCCAUUGAAGUGCUUAAAUUGGUUCAGUUUCAGUUCAGGAACCAGUUAAAAUAUAUCUGAUAUCUCAAACAAACUCCAUCUACUGAGAAAGAAACCUGAGCUCAGAAAAAAAAACAUGUUUUGUCCCUAUUCACCCAUUCAGCCGAUGAAACCAAGAAACUUUGAAGUUGUUCAUUAAAUUUCCACAGCAGAUUCGUCAGUGUAUAUCAUUCAUGCUAAGAAAAAAAAUGGAAAAAUAUCUUGAGUAAGAUGACAAGCUGAAUAAAUUUUGGCUGGCUUUUACCUCUUGUGCUAUGACAAUAAAUCGCAAGGUGUGCCAGUGUUAGGGAAGGUGUUCUGGUAAUGGGUGUGGUGGGUGUUCCUAAACUAGUGCCUAUAAUUUAAAGUUUCACUUAUGUUUAUCAUUUUGUGCCAAUUUCUUGGUUUGCCAAAUAAUAACUGCAAUUUUACUUCUCUGUUUGACUGAUUUGCUUGCCUGUUUUUUUUGUAAUUAAAUCAAUACAUUUAUAAUUGCUUUAAAAAAAUGUUUAAUAUGCGCCUUCAUAUUUAUAACUAAUUACUCAUUCUGUAAAUGAAACUAUUUAUUAAAGAGAGAGGUGCCUCUGUCAAAGCUCAGAUUUAGUGGGAAGCUAGAACGAAUGUUGCAAAAAGACAUACCACACCUUUUGUGUGAAAGUUUUUGUUAUUGAACUUUUUUUUAUAUCCACAAACAUGACAUUUGGUUUCCCUGUGUAAAGUCACAUUUCAAA